GACGUCAGGGCCUCAAGUAAAGCGCAAGUGUCGAGUCUUAAAACAUCGAGAGAAGGGAGCACCUUGGUGAGAAAAGUGUUACACUGUUUUAUCAAGUAAUUCCUGAGGACCUAUUGGUGAACUAUUGGAUCUAUCAGUUUGGGGAAGGACACGGGACAAGCUGGUAGGAGUCGUACACACGGGUGGACGAUACUAACACCGGACAGGAAACAUGGCUCGGGAGGAGACGAAAUGGUUCGUACUACUUGUACUCCUGGUAGCAUUUGUGUUGGCUCUUGUUGGAUUUGCCACGCCCAGCUGGUACAAGGUGUCCACCAACUCCACAGCUAUCCCAACAAUCACUGCCGGAUUUUUCGACGUGUGUGAGUCCAACACGUGUAGAAGAUACCUCGACUAUUUCAACUUAUCCAAAUAUAGUGAUGACCUCAUUGGCUGUAUCGUUUUCUGUGUUUUCGGAAUCUUUUUCAUCGGUCUUGCCCUGCUCUUCACCUUCUGUUCCGUCUGCCGCUGUGACGACUUGCAGGGAGAAUGCGGGGGGUGUCGUACCGACAGGAGGCGCUACCUGUAUGUAGCAUGGUUCACUUUGAUUGGAGGUCUAUUGCUGAUCGCGUCAGUGAUAUGGUUCUACGUCAGUCAGAUCCGUAACGCGGGAGGCCUAUACGGAAUUAAUAACUCAAUCAGCAACAAGGCCGACUACUCGCUGGCAUUAGUUGCCGCCGCCGGGGGUGUUGCUAUCGUCCUUGCUGUCAUCAUUUUCCUCAUCCGUCUACAAAUGUACGAUUACGACGACGAUGAGGAAUAUGAACGCCGCCCCCGUAAAAGAGCUCCCCAGCCUGUGAUGUACAUGCAAGAGCCUCCCAGAAUGCCUCGCGCAGAGCCACCGCCGUACGUUGUGGCGCCCCCUAGCUCCUACAGGUACUCGUACAAGGGGGAGCCGACAUACGCGGAGUACGGCAGCAGCAGGCGACCAGCUUACCACGAGAAGAAGAAAUACAUUACUUACGGCGAGUAUUAGAUUGCUGAUACGUACAUGAAAUGAGGUGAGACAGAACAGCACGUGACACGGUACUUGUAACAGGACGCUUUGAAAGAUAACAAUUUUCGACUUCAAAAUUAUUAAACAUUUGAAUUAUAACGACCUUUAACAAAUCAGAAGGAUCGUUCGUUUAUUAUGAUACGUAUGUACGUCAGUAUACGAACAUUUCUUGGUCGUCUUUUGAUGUGAUGGAAAAAGCAGGGUUUGAAGUUCCGCAGCUCAACGCCAAGUACCUAUGGCGUUCUAUGGGAGAAAUUAUGGGGAGUCGCAAAACAGUUUGUACGGAGUGUAUCAUAACACCAGUAAGGAUGUGUGUUGGGAGACCCGUAUCUGGUGUAUCGUUACACUUAUAUCGGGUAUAUCGUAACACUAGUCUUUGGUGUAUCUUACAGUGUAUUGGGUGUAGCAUAACACCGGUAUCGGGUGUAUUGCUUCACCUAUAUUUGGUGUAUCGCGCACCAAAAUCGGGUGUAUCAUUACACUUCCUACAUAUAUAAAGGAGUAUAAUAACUAGUGUCUUCAAACACAUGAUUAUCCACGUGACUGAAUCACUUAUCACGUGAGGUGACUAGUAUGAUCAGGGAGAACAGAGAACAUUGAAUGAUAAUCAAAACAUCUUUACAUAGUUACAGAAUCAUCUGCCAUUUAAACAUUCAUCUACUUGACUAUUACUAAUAUGUAUUCAAUACUAUUCAUAUGUUUCUAAUAUACAUUUUUUUUUAUAUAUAUAUACAUUGUAAAUGUGCAUGAUAAUUAAGAAGCAUAACUUACAUUUUAUCAUUUAUAUUUUCUUUCGUACCACCAGAAUUCAUUAAACAACUUAAAAGAAAA